UCACAAAUUUCGCCACUUGGAGCAUACCUCUGAUCACAAUUGUUGCGGUUCCACAAAUUUUGAUGGCAAAUGUCCCUCGGUUCAUUCUGGGUCUUACGAUGGCCGUGCUGUUACCUAAUUUUGUUGUUUCAUUCUCUACCAAAACAAAAAUCGAUACCAGCACAGAUCAGUCAGCUCUUCAAGCACUGAAAGCUCAUGUUGUUAGCGAUCCUCAAAAGAUUUUGGAAACCAACUGGUCUAUUACAACUUCUGUUUGUAAUUGGGCUGGUGUCACUUGUGGAUCUCAACAUCAAAGAGUCAUAGCUCUUAAUCUUUCUAACAUGCUUCUCACUGGCACUCUACCACCUCAAAUUGGAAAUUUAUCUUUCCUUACUUCACUCAACUUGAUGAACAACUCAUUUCAUGGCUCAUUACCCAUUCAGUUGGCUAAUUUGCAUCGACUGAGAUUUAUAGAAUUGGGUGAAAACUAUUUUUACGAAGAGAUCCCAUCAUGGUUUGGUUCCUUCCCUGAACUUCAAUACUUGUCUUUAAGUGCUAACAAAUUUACAGGUCAAAUCCCAUCAGAUAUGUUUGAACGUCUACCUAAACUGCAAAGUCUUAACUUGGGUAUGAACAAUCUGUCGGGAAAAAUUCCGAUAGAUUUACUCAAGUGCAAAGAGUUACAGUUCAUAAAUUUAGAAAGUAAUAGGUUGGAAGGGAUUCUACCAGAAGAAAUAGGAAACUUGACAAAGCUUAGGAGUCUACAUCUCGACAAUAACCGGAUCCAAGGUGAAAUUCCACAGCAAAUUGGAGAUCUUCUCAAUUUAGAACAAUUAACCAUGUCUAACAAUGGAUUAUUGCGGCAUCCUCCACCUAUGUAUAAUUUAACACGUUUGAGAAUUCUCGAUUUAUCCAGAAAUCAUCUAAGUGGUCCAAUCCCAUUCGACUUCCCGAGUCUUCUCAAUUUGGAACAAUUAAACAUUUCUUUCAAUAUGUUUGGAGGGCCUAUUCCGUCAACCAUCAGUAAUCUAACACGUUUGACAAUUCUUGAUAUAUUUACUAAUUACCUAUCAGGUGACAUCCCAUCAGAUAUGUUUGAACGUCUAUCUAAAUUGCAAGUUCUUGACUUGGUUUCAGCCUGGAUCCCCACAAGCAUUCCGAUGAGUUUAUUCAAGUGCAAAGAGUUACAGAUUAUGAAUUUAGUUGAUUGUGGUUUUGAAGGGAUUCUACCAAAAGAAAUAGGAAACUUGACAAUGCUUAGGAGUCUAGAUCUCACCUACAACGAGAUCGAAGGUGUAAUCCCACACCAAAUCGGAGAUCUUCUCAAUUUGGAACAGUUAAGCAUUUCUUCUAAUAGGCUAAAAGGGCUUUUUCCAUCCAUCAGUAAUUUAACACGUUUGAGAAUUCUCGAUUUAUCCUAUAAUUUUUUAGCAGGACGAAUUCCAUUUACCUUGGGUAAUCUAAGAGAUCUACAAGUGCUGGACAUAUCGGAUAAUGAUUUGAGCAGCACGCUUUCAUCCUCGAAAAGCAGCUUCCUAUCAUCAUUAGAAAAUUGCAAAUCCUUGCUUUACUUGUCAUUUGCGAGAAAUCCGUUGAUCAGUGGUUACCUUCCAGAUUCUAUAGGAAACCAGUCGUCUUCUCUUCGACAUUUCGAUGCUUCGAGCUGCAACAUUAGUGGUAGAAUUCCAGAGGAUAUUGGGAAGUGGGAUCUUGUUGAAUAUGUGGAUUUUUCAGAAAAUCAAUUUUCAGGUACAAUCCCGGAUAGAGUUUGCGUUAGAGAAAAUUAUUUGAGAUAUCUUAGCCUUCACGAAAAUCAAUUGGAAGGGAUGCUGCCGUUAUCUUUGACUAAUUGCAGCAACCUACAAAUUCUGAAUGUUGCAAACAACAACUUAAGUGAUACCUUUCCCCAUUGGUUAGGCAAGCUUCCAGUGCUGCGAGUUCUUGUUUUGAGAUCAAAUAGGUUUCAUGGUUCCAUUCCAGACACAACCAAUUUUUCAUUCCCCAAAUUUCAAAUCUCUGAUCUCUCUCAUAAUUACUCAACCAAAUUUUCCUUCUCCAACUUGCAAAUGGUUGAUCUCUCUCAUAAUGACUUCACCGGCUUAUUGCCAACCGAGUUCUUCGAAAGUCUCGAGUCUCUAAAAGAACAAGCUAAUUAUGUAUAUGGUGGUUAUCAGUACUCUGUUAACUUAACAAUAAAAGGUUUGGAGCGUGAGUUUAAAAUAAAAGAAAGUAAGCCAAUAUUCACUUGCAUAGAUUUAUCGGACAAUGGAUUCCAUGGAGAAAUUCCUGAGGUAGUUGGAGAGCUUAGAUCGCUUCAUGCACUCAAUCUCUCUCAUAAUAGCCUGACUGGUCCUAUCCCACCAUCAUUUGGGAAUUUGGCAUCACUUGAAUCAUUAGAUCUCUCAUUUAACAAGCUAAGUGGCAGAAUCCCUUCCCAAUUGACAAAUUUGACAUUUCUUGAAGUGUUAAGGUUUUCGAACAACAAUUUUGUGGGACCCAUUCCCCAUGGCAAGCAGUUUGAUACAUUUGAAAACGACUCUUAUCAAGGGAACUUGGGUUUGUGUGGAUUCCCAUUGUCAAAGGAAUGUAGCAAUGAUAAAAUAUCAGAAACAGCACAAGAUGAGGAAGAUAAUGGAAAUGGAAUAGCUUUUAUUUGGAAAGUGGUAAUGAUGGGGUAUGGAUGUGGAAUGGUAUUAGGAAUUAGCAUGGCAUAUAUUGUAUUCACGACAGGAAGACCAUGGUGGCUUGUAAGAAUGAUUGAGAGAGACUUGCGAAACAAAGUUUCCACCUGGUUUGGGAAGAAAAGAAAGUAG